AUGAAUAUAUUUGAUUUGAUACAGACCAGCAGCCCAGCGCCCUACAGCCCUACAGCCCAGCAGCCCAGCAACCCUACAGCCCUACAACCCAGCAGUCCUACAGCCCUAAACCCCAGCAGCCCUACAGCCCAGCAGCCCUACAGCCCAGCAGGCAUACAGCCCAGCAGCCCUACAGCCCUACAGCCCAGCAGGUCUGCAGCCCUACAGCCCAGCAGCUCUACAGCCCAGCAGGCAUACAGCCCAGCAGCCCAGCAGCCCAGCAGCCCUACAGCCCUACAGCCCAGCAGCCCUACAGCCCUACAGGCCUACAGCCCAGCAGGCCUACAGCCCUACAGCCCAGCAGCCCUACAGCCCAGCAGGCCUACAGCCCUACAGCCCAGCAGCCCUACAUCCCAGCAGGCCUACAGCCCUACAGCCCAGCAGGACUACAGCCCAGCAGCCCUACAGCCCUACAGCCCAGCAGGCAUACAGCCCAGCAGCCCAGCAGCCUUACAGCCCUACAGCCCAGCAGGUCUGCAGCCCAGCAGCCCUACAGCCCUACAGCCCAGCUGCCCAGCAGCCCUACAGCCCAGCAGCCCUAGAGCCCAGCAGGCAUACAGCGCAGCAGCCCAGCAGCCCUACAGCCCUACAGCCCAGCAGGUCUGCAGCCCAGCAGCCCUACAGCCCUACAGCCAAGCCGCCCAGCAGUUCUACAGCCCAGCAGGUCUACAGCCCAGCAAGUCUACAGCCAGGCAGGGCUACAGCCCAGCAAGUCUACAGCCCAGCAGGUCUACAGCCCAGCAAGGCUACAGCCCAGUAUCCCAGCAAGUCUACAGCCCAGCAAGUCUACAGCCCAUCAGCCCAGCAGGUCUACAGCCCAGCAAGUCUACGGCCCAUUAG